GAAUUGGUUAAAUUGGAACCUGGUAGUAAGGUUAAAGAGUGGUUAAUUGAGAAGAAAUUGGGCGAGGGCGCUUUCGGCGCCGUAUACGUUUGCUCUCGUGACAAAAAAACAUUUGCAUUAAAGGUGGAGAGUGUUAACGAAAAAGUCGGCUUUCUCAAGAUGGAAUUAGUGGUGCUAAUGAAACUAAAGGACAGCGGUCGAACUCGUCACUUUUGUACGAUUGAAGACAAAGGACGCUAUAAAGACUUCUUUUACAUUGUUAUGACUAUGGUUGGACAAUCGCUACAGGUCUAUUUUUAG